CUGAAGUGGGACCAGUUUGUGUGCUAAUGUGCAAGUGUUCGGUUUAUUAUCAGUAAAUUUUUUUGAAAAAGUGAAUCUUUGAAAAUGACUGUCAAGUGGUUGAAUUUGGUGCUCAUACUCUUACUGAUCACUGCCGUUAGUGCGAAUCUCCUAAGGGUAAAGCUGCAAAAAACUAGAUCGAAAGCGGUAGCUUCUAUAGCGAAUGGAGGGAAAUUAUUUCUGCGAAACACAUAUGACGAUCAGUACUAUGGCCAUAUGACUAUCGGGACGCCACCACAAAAUUUCACAGUACUCUUUGACACAGGAUCAUCAAAUCUAUGGGUUCCUUCAGUAUGUUGCCGUUCGAAAGGAUGCUUGAAUCAUAAUACUUAUAACAGUGCUGCAUCAUAUACCUAUUCAGCCAAUGGGCAGCCAAUUUAUCUGCAGUAUGGCACGGGAAGUUUUUCAGGAUAUCUAUCAACUGACACGAUUACGGUCGCAGGACUUACUAUAGUAGAUCAAACUUUUGCCGAAGCUAUGGUGGAACCAGGUGAUUUCUACACCUAUAUGGAGUUUGAUGGAAUAUUCGGUCUUGGCUACGCAUCAAUCUCAGAAGAUGGAGUAGUUCCUCCGUUCUAUAACAUGGUCAAUCAAGGGUUGGUUUCAUCUCCCGUAUUUUCUUUUUAUCUGAACCGAAACGCAAACGAUGCUAUAGGGGGUGAAUUAGUUUUUGGUGGAUCGGAUCCAAACUAUUAUCAAGGUAAUUUUACAUACAUCCCCGUUGAUAGCCAAGGAUAUUGGCAAUUUCGCAUGGAUUAUGGGUUAGUGAUGGGUAAUAAAUUUUGUGCGAAUGGAUGUGAAGCGAUUGCUGACACAGGAACUAGUUUGAUAGUUGGACCCCAGGAAUCUAUUGAUAUUAUUCAUAGAGCGAUGAAUGCUUCAGGGGAUGGUGGCAACUACAAUGUGCCUUGCGAUAUAAUACCAACAUUGCCAACAGUUACAUUUUAUUUGGGCGGUGUUGCAUUCCCUCUUGAAGGGAAGGACUAUGUGAUGCAGAUAACCACAUACGGUGCUCAGUCAUGUUACUCCGGUUUCAGUUCUAGCGGUUCGAACCAAAAUGGUGGACCCUCAUGGAUCCUAGGGGAUGUUUUUCUUGGGAAAUACUACAGCGAAUAUGACUUGGGAAACAACCGAGUUGGUUUUGCGAUUGCCGUUUGAAUCUAACUAAAGUUAGCUAGCUUACUGACAAUUGUACUGAUAUUGUAACUUCUAAUAAAUUUAUUGGAAUUGAAUAGCAUAA